AUGGUGAUCAAUAACAAAGAUACGAUGCAUCUUCUUGAUCAGCAAACAAUGAACUUCGAAAUUCCAGUGGGAUUCCGAUUCGACCCAACGGAAUAUCAACUUCUUAAUUACUUCCUUAAUCACAAGAUUAGUGAUCAAGAACUUCCACCAUAUACACAAUUUUUGAUUAAGGAUGUUGAUCUUUAUAAACAUCAUCCCUCCUACUUCUUCCAGGAAAUACUGCAGUUCAACAUUGAAGAACACGAAAUUCGAGGCUACUUCUUCACAAAGUUAAAGAAAGCUGGUAUAAAUUCGUCGUCUAAAGAUAACUCAUAUUACAAUCGGAGAGUUUGCGACGACUAUGGAGUCGAGUAUGGGACAUGGACCGGGAUGGGUCGUGACCCGAUUUUUGAUAUUCAUGGUUACCAAAUCGGGUUUGAUAAAUACUUGAAGUUUUCUGAGGUUGGUGAUGAAAAAUCAACGAUUGAGUGGAAGAUGCAUGAGUACUCUUUCCAUCCAAGUGUUAUGCCAGUUUGCAGUAAGGAAGAAUACAAGGAUCUUGUUAUUUGUCGUGUUGAUAUGAAAAUGAUUGGAAAUGCCGUGAAACGACGAGCAUCAACCAAAAACAAGGGAUUGAACAAAGUGUUAUUCUUAUUUGAAUUAAAACAAAUUUAUGAUGAUAAUGUCAAAAGUAUUAUUCCGAUCCUGCCAUCGUCGUUACCACAUGUUGAUAAUCAGGCUAUCAUCUGUAUAAAGAAGGAGGAAGACGAGUCGUACAGCGAGGAAUCGGUAUCCAAUAAGAAGCAAAAGACGGAUCAUCGUAUGAACUAA